AUAGUACAGCCACUUUGAGUCAGCUGAAAACCAGAGGAAGCACUGGAGAGAGUCCCCUUUAGUGUGACUCUGGCCUGUCUGAACUUGGCUUUUUAGAAGGUUCGCAGAGAUGAUAGCAGGAAUGAAAACCCAGCUGGUAUGCAUGAUGCUCCUGGCGUUCAGCUCCUGGAGUCUGUGCACAGAUUCAGAAGAGGAAAUGAAGGCGUUAGAAGAAGAUUUAUUGACCAAUAUGCACACAUCAAAGAUCAGUAAAGCAAAUGCUCCCACUUGGAAAGUGACCCUGCUAAAUGUUUGCAGCCUUAUUAAUAACUUGAACAGCCAAACUGAGGAAACAGGAGAGUUUCGUGAAGAGCAGCUUAUUACAAGAAGGAAAUUACCCGUUGCCUUAGAUGACUUCAGCUUGGAAGCAAUGCUGACGGUCUACCAGAUCCAAAAAAUCUGUCACAGCAGAGCUUUUCAACACUGGGAGGUAAUGCAGGAAGAUGUUCUUGACAUUGAAAAUAACAAAAAUGAAAAGGAAGAUGUUAUAAAGAGAAAAAUCCCUUAUAUUCUGAAACGGCAGCUGUAUGAGAAUAAACCCAGAAGGCCCUACAUUCUCAAAAGGGGCUCUUACUACUACUGAGUGGAUAAAUGUUUUAUUUACAUGUGAUUGUGGUUUAUCAUCUUUUAAUUAAAUAUCAAAUGGAUGUGUGUAGAAAUGUGGCAGUUAUUUUGUCUCCUCUACAACUAUGGUUUAUUGGAUGUGAUUUUUUCUGUAUUAACAUGAAUUGAACUAAAUGUUUUCAAAUAAAUCUA